AUGUUGAACAUAUGGUCUAUGUCGCAGAAAAAAAAGCAAAAGGAGGCUGAGAAUGCUGAGGGUCAGGCUGCCGGAGGGAAGAGGAAGAAGGUGACGGCGGCACAGCUACGAGUACAAAAAGAUUUGUCAGAACUAUCUCUCGGUGCAACGAUGAAGACGGACUUUCCUGAUCCCGACAAUAUCCUCAACUUUAUCCUGUCGAUCGAGCCGGACGAGGGCAUGUACCGAGGCGGAAAAUUCACAUUCGACUUUGCCAUCAACCAGAACUUCCCGCACGAGCCUCCUAAAGUGCUGUGCAGAGAGAAGAUAUAUCAUCCCAACAUUGAUCUCGAGGGCAAGGUUUGCCUUAACAUUCUGCGGGAGGACUGGAAGCCGGUGUUGAACCUGAAUGCUGUCAUUGUGGGGUUGCAGUUUUUGUUCCUGGAACCCAACGCCUCGGAUCCUUUGAACAAGGAGGCGGCUGACGACCUGAGAAGCAACCGAGAGGGAUUCAAGAGGAACGUACGAACGGCAAUGAGUGGAGGAUCUGUCAAGGGAGCGCCAUAUGACCGAGUACUGAAAUAG